AUGGCGCCUUCUCAACUUCUCCCCGACCCUCUGCCCGUGCUCUUCAACGGAAGCAAGGCUAUCCCCAAAGCCACUCCCAAGGCCGCUCCCAAGGCCGACACCAAGCUUGUCGACCAUGCCACCAUCCUUGCGGACGAGGGCGUGAGGGGGCUCGUCGCCCAGCUCCGGCAGCGCGGCAUCCGCGUCCACGAGACGGACGGGGUGUCCUUCCCGGCCGAGGCGGCCAUGCACGACCGCGCGGCCGUUGUGCCGGCCGUCGUGGUGUCGCCGCAGAGCGAGUGGGGCGUGUCGCAGACGCUGGCGCUGCUCAAGGCCGCGGGCCUGCACGGGCGGCUGCCCGUCUCGGUCAAGAGCGGCGGGCACGGCUACUUCAACGGCGCGACGUGCGCGGGCCUGAUGAUCAACCUGAGCGGCAUGACCAAGCGCCGCGUCGAGGGCGACACCAUGUACCUGGAGCCCGGCUGCGUGCUGGGCCAGACCAUCCACGCGCUGGCGGCGGCCCGCAAGGCCGUCCCGCACGGCGACUGCUUCGGCGUCGGCGCCGGCGGCCACUUCUUGACGGCCGGCUGGGACCUGAUCCUGGGCCGCAAGCUCGGGCUCGGCUGCCAGUCCGUCGUCGGCGGCCGCGUGGUGCUGUGGGACGGGACCGUGGUCGACGUCGACGAGGGGCGCGCCGACCACCCGGAGCUCCUGCACGCCAUGCGCGGCGGCGCGGCCGCGGGCGUCGGGGUCGUCGUCGAGACCCGCCUGCGCCUCGUCGAGGAGCCGCCGCUGGCCACGUGGCGCUUCACGCGCCUGUCGCGCGCCCAGCUCGAGGUGUGCGUCGCCGCGGGCGCCUUUGCAAAGGCGUACGGCCUCCCGCGCGACGUGUCCGUGUCGUUCCGCUUCCACUUUGAGCCGGACCAGCGCGCGCCCGUCGCGUCCUUCAACAUCGUCAGCCUGCUGCCGGCGCGCGAGACGGUGGGGCUGGUGCGGACGCACAUGGGCGACGACGUGGCGGCGCUGCUGGUGGACGGCGACAUGGCGGGGGCGGGGGCGGCGUGGAACGAAAAGUCGCUCGUGGACCUGCGCAUGCUGCCCGCCUCGGACUUCCUCGCCGCCAACCCGGGCAUGCUGGGCGAGGUGACGGCCGAGGCGCUGCACGCGAGCCCGCUGACGUACUGGAAGGCCACGUCGAGCGCGCGCGAGAUGGCCAGCUCGCACUUCACGAGCGUGUCGGGCUGGGUGGUGCCCGAGUGCGAGGGCGGGCUGCUGGCGCUGUACGAUAGGUUCGCGUCGGCGCAGGACUCGCCCGCCCGCACCCGCAUGUACGCGCUGGUGAUCCAGGGCGGCGGCCGCAUGUCGGAGCUGCAGGCCGACUGCAGCAUGCCGCUCGGCCGCGCCCUGGCGCGCUUCGAGCUCCACUGGGACGAGCCCGGCGGCGAGGAGGAGCGGUGGGCGCGCGGGUUUACGGACGGCGUGCUAGAUGUUAUGCGCGAGCACGAGGACCGCGACGUGCCGCGCCCGUACCGGGGCGAUAUUUGGCUGGCCGAGCAGGCUGGGGACGAGGAGCUGGACCGCAUCGCGCGGCUGUACGACAGGCGGUUUUAG